AUGACCAGCACCACCGACACCAGCACACUCACGGCCACGGUCAGCUUCACCGUGACCAGCUCCAGCGCGACCGCCAGCACUGUGACGAGCACCACGAAGACCAGGACGCUCACAGCUACCAGCACGGUAGCCAGCACCAGCAGGACGAGCACACCCACGGCCACGAGCAGUAGUCAGACCAGUUUAGCGACUGCGAGCGAGAGCAGCAGCACGAGCCGGACGACGCAGAGCAGCAGCACGAGCGUGAGCAGCGCUCCUGCGACCAGCACCGUAACAGCUACCAGCAUCACAGGCACUACAGGAACAAGUUCCAGUAUGACCAGCACGCCCAGCACCACGAGCACGAGCCGUACCAGCACGCUCACAGCCACCAGCACGGUAACCAGCACCAGCAAGACGAGCACCCCUACUGCCACGAGCAGUAGCCAGACCAGUUUGGCGACUGAGAGCGAUAGCAGCAGCACGAGCCGGACGACGCAGAGCAGCAGCACGAGCAAGACCAGCACGAGUACAGCCACGAGCACCAGCCAGACCAGUCCUACCACUGCCACCAGCACGACCGCCACCACCAUGACCAGCACCACCGACACCAGCACACUCACGGCCACGGUCAGCUUCACCGUGACCAGCUCCAGCACGACCGCCAGCACUGCGACGAGCACCACCGAGACCAGGACGCUCACGGCCAUGGCCGCGACUGUCAGCCGCACAGCGGCCGCUGCCAGCACCAACACCGGCGCCACGACGAGCACCGCUGGGGCCAGCACGCCCACGGCCGCCGCCGCUGGCGGAGUCGUCGUCCGCUUUGCGAUGCAGCUCUCGGUCCCGCUGCCGUCCGCAUUUGCCGCGGACGCCGCCGCGCAGGCCGCCGUGGCCGACGCCGUGUCCCUGGUGACGGGCGCGCCGGCACUCGACGUGAUCGUGGUGCUCGCCAGCGCCGGGCAGGGCGCCAGGCGGCUGCCCCAGGCA